AAAAAAGGAAGAAGGAAAAUUUGCUCAGCUCACGCCAUUGCCAUUCGCCGUGUAGGAUGAAAACUUUCGGAAACUUUUCGUCUUCGUUUUAAGCUGCUUUCGGUGUAAAGAAGCGACGCCGGCGGGAAUUACAUCUGGACGGGACUUUUCUCCUCUUGUUUGUGUGUGUGCGCGCGCGAGGAUUUACCCGAAUAACGCACGCUUUCGUCGACAUUUAAAGGAAAUUUAGGGGAUUUUACAUGCUAGUCAUAUUUUAAACACUUCUCGGAGACACCAGACGACCAUGUCGGGGGGUAUCGGUAUAUAUGCGGUCAAGAAACGGAAGAAGCCCGUUCAGAAAAUACCCAAACCACCACCUCCCGAUGGUGUGAAAUCCAACCCCUCCAAGCGGCACAGAGACCGGCUGAACAGUGAACUGGACAAGCUGACCAACCUUCUACCCUUCUCAGAAGAUGUCAGCGCACGGCUAGACAAACUCUCUGUGCUUCGACUCAGUGUUGGAUACCUGAAGGUCAAGAGCUUCUUCAAUGCUACAGUCAAAAAGACGGGAGGAAAUGGAUGGAUAAACGACCGGUCAGGGACAUUCGGAGGAAACGGACAGUCAACGACCAGUCUGGAUGGAGUCAGUUUCUCAGAAGGGGAACUGUUGUUGCAGGCACUCAAUGGCUUUGUGCUGGUGGUCACCGCCGAAGGUUACGUGUUUUAUUCAUCUCCAACUAUACAGGACUACUUGGGCUUCCAUCAGUCGGAUGUGGUCCAUCAGAGUGUCUUCGAGCUCAUCCAUACAGAUGAUAGGGCAAUGUUCCGAAGACAAUUACACUUCGCUCUCAAUCCUACUUCGUGCGAUGGUAGCGAUAGAUCUGAAGCCAUUCAAAGCAGCAGUGACAUCACCAGAGACAUGGUAAACUACAACCCUCAACACAUCCCUCCAGAAAACUCGUCCUUCUUGGAACGAAGUUUCUGUUGCCGAUUUCGGUGCCUUCUUGACAACUCAUCAGGCUUCCUGGCCCUGAACUUCCAGGGGAGGCUGAAAUAUCUCCAUGGACAAAACAAGUUGGCUGAAGAUGGGACCUUAGCUCACCCUCAACUGGCUCUUUUUGUCAUAGCCACACCCCUCCAGCCACCCUCUAUCUUGGAGAUCAGGAGCAAGACUCUUCUUUUCCAAACCAAACACAAGCUGGACUUUACACCUAUGGGUGUUGACACAAGAGGAAAAGUGGUUCUUGGCUACACUGAGAUUGAGCUGUGUAUGAGAGGCUCUGGCUAUCAGUUCAUUCAUGCUGCUGACAUGAUGUACUGUGCUGACAACCAUAUCAGAAUGAUAAAGACUGGAGAAAGUGGUUUAACUGUCUUUAGGCUUCUCACGAAAGGGGGCACAUGGAUCUGGGUUCAGGCCAAUGCUAGGCUUGUUUAUAAAGGAGGAAGGCCAGACUUCAUUAUUGCUCGACAAAGAGCACUAACUAAUGAGGAGGGUGAGGAACACCUCCGUCAGAGGAAGUUGCAGCUGCCCUUUAGCUGCACCACUGGUGAGGGUGUCUUGUAUGAGACUGGCCCCACACUGGACAUUACUGACAUUCAAAAUCCAAGCAAAGGCCAGAAGAUGCACAAACCUCAAUCUCUAGACCCAGAUUCUCUUCUCGGCUGCAUGCUGAAACAGGAUCAUUCCGUCUACAACCAGAACAAUGACCCCAAUUCCCAGUUCACCCUUGACAAGGCUUUCGGGGAUAGCCACGCCCUGCUCAAUGUCCCUGGGAACACCUGGCAGCCGUCAGCCCCAAACACUGUGGCUGGAAUAAAGGAGGAAGGUGUGGUAAAGGACAUGAUGGAAAGCUUGCAACAGAUUAUUGGGGACAGCAGUAUUUGCGGCCUUCAGGAGUUUGACGUGAAUGAAUCGGACCUGAAGGAGUGGGAGAACACUUUGCUCAGGAUGAACUACAACAAUGAAAUGGAACUUAAUGAAAUCAUCACCAACGACAUCCUCUCUUAUGUCGAGGAUGCCCUUUUUAAGGAAAAUGGCAUUCAGAUGCCCGAACAACUCAAGAGCCAGGGUCCAUUUGUUGAGGUGCCUGAGUGUCUUCAAGAAAUGGAGCUACAGAAUAACUUAGCUGUUAACCAGGAAUUCAACUGCCAGGCAGAUAUACUUAGUGGAUCCCCAGGCGGGGGUGGUUUCAUUGGAAUGAAUAUCCAAGAUGAAGUGGACGCCAGUAAUCCUGGAAGAAUAACGGUGAAACUCACCCAUAUGGGGCCACAGGUGCUACCUGGCGACACAUUUGUCCAAUCAUUCGGACUAGAACAGACAACCCAGAAGAUGCCUGGCAAUAAUAACAUUAUGUUUAAUCCUUCUCUAGCCAUGCAGCAGCCGACCCAAGUCAGCCUUGGUCUGCAAGGUACUGUGCAAGAGAACGGCAUAGUGCCAUGUGGCCAGAGAAACCUACAGCCUGGAAACCAGCCCCCUCACAACGCAAUGACUCUCCCUCUUCAAAGUCCUCUAUUGCAGGGCACUCCCUCCCAGCCAAUGGGCUUCCAUGGCCAGAAUUCCCUUCCUCAACAACAGUCAAUCAACCAGAACCCUCAGUGGGUGGCUAACAGCAAAAAUACGAUGGAUAACCUCCUAAAUUCAUGCACCCAUAACAUUUCAGGUGUACAAGAUACAGGACUACACUUUGGCCCAACUCCCCAACUACAAGGACAGUUUUCUCUUCACACUCAAAAUGCCACCAGUUCAGGACUGCAUAACUGGCAGCAGUCACAGCCUCAGCAGGUCUCCAAAUUGUUUUCUAGUGGGCAACAGAAUAUGACAGGCUUUGUUGGCCAAGUUAAAGACUUCCAAAGAGACCUAAUUGGAGAACUGAUGCCGCACAAAAACGCACAAGGAUUCGGGUCUGGUUUUCUGCCCCGGACAACUGCAAAUAGCAUUUAUCCUCAGCAAGGAGAGAUUAUCAACAACAGCCCUCAUCAGACCACCAACAGCUGCAUGUUCACAGGCACUCCUCAACCAUCGGUGAACGGGAUGCAGUACAGUUCUGGAGAUCCGAUAUCUUCAGUGGCAUCCUGUCAGAGGGUUAAAGGUCUGGUUAACCAAAGUCCUACACAAGCAUCCUGCUACUACCAAAGAGGUCCUAGCGAGUCAAUCGUGGGCACGUCGGUCAUCCCACAAGAAGACACCAACAUCAGCCCCAUGGCCUGUCGAGUCCCACUUGGGUUAACUCCAGAUAAUGUACUUGCUCAGCAGUAUCUCUCCUGCAACGACCAGACACAGAUCUCAAACCGUCCACUUGAGGAGAAAGGAACGUUCCAUUUUCCGUCACUGACCAAUGGAACCACCUAUUUUUCAGAGAACAACCAAAGCAAUUGCUGUGACUAUUAAAUCACACUCAAUACAGCCACACAUCAACAGUGCUGUACCUUUUCUAGGAACUUGUUUGUCCCUCGAGAGACACGCAUCUGCUUCUAAAGACACUCUUGGCUGAAAACCUACAAGACAUUACAGAACUUUAAAAAGCAAUUUUACCACACAUUUUUUUUCACCCUUAUAUACUUGUUCACUUGUUCACACCCUCUCUGAUGUGAAAUAAGCAGUGGCCCGAAAGAAAAUAUUUAUUUUUUUAAGCGCGUCCUUUCAUCCCUGAAGGAUAUUGUUUUGUUUUGCCAUUCUGGCCCGGAAAAAGAGUGAGAUAGCGAGUGUAAUAACAAGGAGAGGCGUGUGAGCAAGUGUGUGUUUGUGUCUAUGUGUGCGCGAGGUAGCCUAGAGUUCAUUUAUGAAGUAUACAGAAGCAACGGUGGAGCCUUUUAAUUGCAGGGAUGGGAUUCUGAGGAAAUUCAAGGUGCACGCAAGAUGCUAUUUAUUGGGGUAAGUUUCGACUCAAAAAGGGAAAGUCUGUCUAAGAGAGGGCAUGAAAUUGGCUCUCUGUAGACCUUAGUGUUAUCAAUGUACUGUUAUCAAUGUACAAUGUACACUUUCUCGACAGAAAUACUCUACUUAUGGCCUCUGUGGCACCAUUGGAUUGUCAGAGCGAGUCAUUAAAUUUGACAUUUUCCCAGAAUUUCCCUGAAGCUCCACCCACUGCACGUAAUAAAGUUGUACAAGGAAAGAUUUAGGUAAUGCCUGCAAAAUGAAUAGUCCCAGGACACUUUUUCUUCUCAACAACACUUUUUACAUUCAAAGAGUAAAAACUGUCUGCUCUUUUAUGGUUGCGUUAACCAUAUGUUUCAUGUGUAUUACAACAAUAUCUGAAUGUUAUCGCUUAUUGUACACAUUUUUUUUUUGUCUGUUUGUUUAAAAUGUGUCUUUUGUACUUUUUUAUGCAUAUAAUCGAAAUUACGGAAACGCCAUUGAGCCAUUUUUGUCCACUUUUAAUUUGCCGAUUUCCCUCUUGCGUUCUGUUUGCGUCGACACUUAUAUGGAAGAAUUCCAGUAAUUCUUAAAUUGUGUUGCGUGCCAUGAGAAUCACAGCAGCCAGCAUAUCCUGCCUCCAGAAGAAAGGUAAAAUCGAAUGUCUUCUAAAGACAGAACAGACUACGUGAUCCCAAAAGUAAAUGUUUGUCGAGAUAACUUUUUUUUUUUUUCACGACCACGGUGAGAGUUCUUGUUUAAUCAGGAAAUACAGCGGCAGCCAAAAAGUUUAAAAGAAGCACAGUGUAGAGAAUGCUCUCAAAAUUGUGAGAUUGUUCGGAAAAAAUUGGGUUUGCGUAAAUUUGUAUGCAUUCGAUUGAAUCCGAUUUCUGUAGAAAUUCUCUUUUCGUAAAACGACUUCGCAGGCCCCUUUGUGCCUUAUUUUGCAAGAAUAUAAAGCCAUUUGAUUCGAUUGUAUCAGCACUUUGAAUGUGUGUAUAUAUAUAUAUAUAUAUAUAUAUAUAUAUAUAUAUAUAUAUAAAAACAUGUUUGGAUCAAGAUGCUGUAGCUAUAGACAUAUGACUGAUUGGUUAUAUUUUGCAAAAUGAACUCUGUGAAAAGGCCUUAAUUUCUUUCAGCCCAAAGGUUAUUCCACUUAUUUCCCUCCCGUCUUCACUCUCUUUGGACGAAAUGAUCGUGGCUUGCAGAGGAGGAAAGGAAUUGAAAUGGCAGCUAUAAUUGAAUCUGAGAAGCAAUGUUUUUAACAACUGGUUGUUGUUGUUAGCAUGGACGGAAUCGAUUGCGCUAGUUUGUUAAGUGUUGUACAUAGCCUCACAGUUCAAGAGUUACGGGACACUUUCUACUCGACUUCUUAAGUGCCUUCAGACAGCUUUCGUUUUCUGAGAUCAGCGACUUUUUCUGCUCCCUUUGAUUUCAUUUGAACCGAAAGCUAAAGGAGUUGUAAUGUAAAUAAGAGCGUUCUGUAUUUUAUUGCCAGAUGUCUGCUGGCUAAGAGAGGAGGUUGGUAAUCGCUAGAAGAUUUAUUUGAUUGAUGGUUGGUUAAUGGACGAUCGAUCCGUUGAUCGCUUGACAGAUUGAUUACGCACAAAUAGUAGCGACGGAUUUGGUUUGCGCUGACGUUCGUUUUCAUGCUUUGAAAUCUAUCUACUACGCCAUGUCCUAACCAGGCUAUGAAACCUCUUCUUGCACUGGGUAGCUCCGUCCACAGUGCUGUAUAUUAAAUCAGUGGUUCUCAAAUGGCUUUGCUUCAGGACUUUACCGUGGCGUUUAUUAUACAAAAGCCAUUAUUGUACAAAGCGGCUCGUUUGUUUCGAUCAUUUCACAACUGGUAUUUUAUGUAUCUUAUAUUCUUCCUGUGACACUUUUUUUUGUGAAAUUAAAAAUUACGCACAAGUCCAAAAAAAAACAA